UCUCACGUAUCACUUAGAUUAUAUUCGCAAUAACUUUAGGCGCUGAAAGACAACAAAGCGAGAGCUCGUGUCCUUUUAUCUUAUAAGUUCUCGAAACUUGUAAUACACCACACUAACGCGCAUUAACUCCUUUUGUCUGAAUUCCGAGUUCGGCAACGAUAUAAUUAAUAAAAAUUCAGGAGCCGAAAGAAAUUCUUCGCUGCUCAAUCACCCGCGUUGAUUGUCAAGUGUUUUUAUCCACGCACUACUAUAAUACACACACCCAUGGAUCAUUGUUAGAUGUACGGCAUAUUAUUAUCUCCGUCGGAUUAUCGGCGCGGAUAAGGCCAAAGUCACACCCCAAUUUUUCUAGCUCUUUCGCAACUCAUCUCUAUUAUGCUUUGUGACAAAGAAAGAAAAUUUAGUACAAUUAUACGAAUUUCCCGUCACGAAGUCCGCUCGUUUAAUCGGCACGUAUCCACAAUAGUGCGCGACACUUUUCAUCAUUAUCACAGAAAAUUGACGGCGUAAAUAAUAAACACACACACAUAAUGACACAUUCCCACGAGAUAAGAAGCAUCGGUAGCAUUGUCAUCGUGUACGGUAACGAUAAAUCGACGGGCCCUCUUGAGCGCGAUCGAGUAUAAUACGUCGAGUGGACGUGCCCCUGAUUCUCGGAAAUCUCGCGAAGCCACUCUUAAAUAUGUAUAUAAAACGCGGACGAGCAGUCACCGCGGUCAGUUGCAACGCGCGUACUGCUAACGCGAGCCGUCCCUAUCAUUAUCGUGACACGUUAACGCUCGAUUUUAUUCGGGACACAAUGAGGGCGAUCGCGGUGGUGCUCGCGAUCGCGAUCGGUGUUUUGGGGGCGGAUCGACACAAGGUGACGAAUUAUCAGGAGGACAGGACGACGAUGGUUCAUCUGUUCGAGUGGAAGUGGAACGACAUCGCCAGGGAGUGCGAGGAAUUUUUGGCGCCGAGGGGCUACGCUGGUGUGCAGGUCUCACCGAUCCAAGAGAACGUGGCGAUCGGUAGGCGUCCUUGGUACGAACGUUACCAACCGAUUUCCUACGAAUGGACGACCCGUUCCGGUACCGAGGAAGAAUUCCGAUCGAUGGUGAAGCGCUGCAACCAAGUCGGCGUUCGCAUCUACGUGGACAUCCUGCUGAACCACAUGAGCGGGAACCACGAGAACGCGAGGGGUACCGGCGGUUCCAAGGCCAACACCUUCGAAUUGCACUACCCCGCGGUGCCGUACAACCGGACGAACUUCCACAAGAUCUGCAGCGUCAACGACUACCAAGACGCCAUGAACGUGAGGAAUUGCGAGCUGGUGGGCUUGCACGAUCUGGACCAGAGCCAGGAGUACGUGAGGGAGAAGAUCGUGACGAUGCUGAACAAGGCUGUCGAUGCCGGUGUUGCCGGUUUCCGGGUCGACGCAGCGAAGCACAUGUGUCCGAGUGACCUGAAAAUCAUCUACUCGCGCGUUAAGAACCUGAGCCUCGAACACGGCUUCCCGAGCAACAGUCGCCCGUUCAUCUUCCAAGAGGUGAUAGACUACGGCGGCGAAGCCGUCUCCAAGUACGAGUACAACGAGUUCGCUGCCGUGACCGAGUUCAAAUUCGGCUCGGAGCUCAGCAACGCCUUCCUAGGCAGGAACAAGCUCAAGUGGCUGGCCAACUGGGGAGAGGCCUGGGGUCUGCUGCCCAGAAGCGACGCUCUGGUCUUCAUCGACAAUCACGACACUCAGAGGAGCAACGGCGACAGCCCGAUCACCUACAAGAACUCCAAGCUCUACAAGAUGGCUGUGGCGUUCAUGCUCGCCCACCCCUACGGCAUCCCGCGGGUCAUGAGUUCCUUCGACUUCAGCGACUUCGAGAACGGCCCACCGGCAGACAGUAAGGGUCAAAUCAUCUCGCCGAAGAUCAACGAGGACAAGACCUGCGCCAACGGCUGGGUAUGCGAGCACCGAUGGAGGCAGAUCUACAACAUGGUCGGCUUCCGGAACUACGUGCGAGACGAGCCGGAAGUCAGUUGCUGGUGGGACAACGGAAACUAUCAGAUUUCCUUCUGCAGAGGCAAGAAAGGAUUUAUCGCUAUCAAUGCCGACCAGGUCGAUCUGAAGCAGAAACUGACGGUCUGCUUGCCCGCCGGAGUCUACUGUGAUAUCAUCUCGGGAGAGCUGGGACAGGACGGAAAGUGCACCGGAAAAUCCGUCCUCGUCGACGGGAAGGGACAGGCUGACGUGGUCAUCGGCGUCGGCGAGGACGACGGCGUUCUCGCUAUUCACGGCGGUGCCAAAGCUUCGUAGGACCAGCAGCUCCCGUGGGAUAGUAUUUAUUAUAUCUGUGAAUGCGCGCGCGCGUGUGUGUGUGUGAUUGGUAUUAUGUAAAUAAGUGAAAAAUAAAUUAUUGAAUUCUUAAAAAUAAGCGUGCAAAAUUGAUUUUCUCGGGCGUAAACGAAGUGAGGGCAUAAUAUGCAUAAUAAAUGAACUC